AUGUCAACAUCGCCGUCACCCCCACCAGCUGCGCUCCCGAUUCCUACGAUCCAGCCACAGCCCGCCUCUGUAUCGUCGUCGUCGUCGUCACCGCCACCAUCGUUGUCAUCCGGAAUCAUCAGCACCACCACCACCGCGUCAUUGACGGCAAUGGCAGCCGCAGCAGCAGCAUCACUAUCAUCGACAGUUUCUCCUACGUCCUCGGCAGCCGCACCGGCACUAGCAGCAGCAUUGAUGUCCUCAGCCGCAUCACCACCAUCCACGUCUCCGUUGCUACUGCAGCAGACAGGCAUUGUGGGUCUGCGAGCCCCAAGAGGAGGCAGGUCGUCCUCUCCGUCUUCUUCACAACCGGCACCGGCUCGCAGCACAUCGGCCAGCAACUGGCAGCAACAACCACAGCUGCUGCCCAUCUCCUUAUCAGCACAUCCCUCACCGACGGCGCCACCUACCGUAGUUCAAUCGUCAGCGGCAGCAGCAACGUCGUCCCUAUUGAUCACUCACCUGAAGAGCAGUGGCAAGAUCGCAUCCGCACCAUCGUCAUCGUCGUCUACGUUAGAUCGCCAGAUCGAUGGCCAGGACGAAGAGCUGCAGCUGAAGGCGAGUGACGAAGGAGGCGAAAUGGCGCGUACGCUAGUGGUCCCGAUCGCCAUGCCUACGGGCAUUCUGCGAUCGAAAGCGCCACCUAUCGUGAGCGUUGUGAACGAUAUCGCUGCUGGUUUGGCGAAUGCUGUUGCUGCCGCCGUAGCAGACGCAGUAACGGUGGCCACGAUCGGUCGGAAUUCGAAUCCAAAUACCAUCGGCACUGCUGCUUCUCUCAAUCUCCACCACCAGCAGCAGUCGUCACAGCAACACCAACACCACGCCAGUAACAACAACAGCUUUUCCCAACUGCGUCAGCAGUUGGAAUUGGGCACCGGCACUGCUGCCGGCGAAGUUUUGACAGUCCAACCACCAUCGUCACCGUCGAUUAGUGAGCCAUUUUCACCGGCAUCACCUCAUAAGCAGCAGCAGCUACCGCCACCACCACUGCAGAGCAACAACAGCCAUUUGAAACAGUUUCUCAGCACCAGCAGCACCCACCGCAGAGGAGGUGUGCAGCAGGCACCCCAAUUGGCGCAACAUCACCAUCAUCAUCAUCACCAUCACCAUCACCUCCAUUCUCAGUUGAGACGUCAGAUCAUGUCACCGACAGCUAACGGCGGUUGUGGCGAGGAAGAAGCUAGUGCCGCGCCCGCCGCUGUGAUCAGCAACAACAACUCUAUCGCCAAUCAGCAGUUAAACGGUGGUGAGAGCGGCAACAGUAGUUGCGCAGCACUCGAAACCAACCCUUGGUAAAAGGGCAGACACCGCUGGUUGCAUACAGUCGUAUGUGUGCGCGCGCGCGUGUGUGGGAAUGUGUGUACUGCCAGGUUCCGGAAGCACUUAAAUGGUGAUGAAACAAUUUCGGGAGUCUUCAUUCCCCCAAAAUCCGUAUUUCCUGUCCUCCCUGUUAAUAUUUAGUCAUUUGGUGACACAGUUUUCAGUGAGCAGAUUGACACUAAAUUGUAUAUCACACUUCGCCGCCAAAAAAAAAACCGCCCAUUCUUUGUAAAUUCCAAAUCCGUCGUGUGACGGUACAGUUAGUUUAGCGAAGCAACCCGCUGCUGGUAGAGGAAGCAAGGGAGAGUGUGACGGAGAGGGGCCAGAAAAGCGCAUCUUAUGUUCUCAUGUUAAUAAAGAGUAAUGUUAGUGAAAACAAGUAGACAAAUACUGUUUGUAGAAGGAAAAGAACCUAUCCUUCCUCCUUCAACCACCCCGUGGCCACAUCUUUUGCUCGCUUUGCUUCGGGAGCACGUUCCACAGGGUUCGGAACUCGGCAUUCCGACUUUUUGCGCGGCGGCAGCGCGCCUUAACUGAACAGGAACUACCACCACCGUCUUCUCGACGUCUUGAGAUUGCCGAGGGAGAGCUGUGCUCGACCUUUUUGACAUGAGCUCCUUGUCUUGCAAAUCACGCACCCACACACGCCCACGUACAGGCACACAGGGACAGCUGGAUCGUUGGUCGUCCAUUCAGACAACAUUAUCUUUUCGUAAAGCAUUAAUACAAUCACCAGCAACUACUCUGUGUCCUCCACCCACCGGGUGGGGGCUGGCUCGCGCCGUUUCGGGUUGUUGUUUCUUUUGUUGUUUCAUUUCAGUUGAUGUGCGUUAAAAAUAAUUUAUGCAAUGUGAUAUUUUUUCGUCAGUACGUGUUAGCUAAUAUAUUAAUUAAUUAGUAAUAUGACAAAGAAGGAAAAACAAAACGCAAAUGAUGCGAGAAAGCGUAAGCUAAACGUAAAACAAAAUGAAACAACAAAGUUUUUAAGCGAGGAAAGGAGUAGGAAAUAGCAAAUGGGAAAUGAUAAUAUCACAACACAAAUGCAGCACAGCAUACAAUACCGAGAGAUAGAGAGAGAGAGAAAAAGAGAACGCUCAAGUUGCGCCGCUGGGUGUAUUGAAAGCUACUAAAAGGACAAACUGUGGACAUGAUUAACAAGGGGAAACGAUCAGUGCUGAUGGUUGUUGCGGCUUAGAAGACGCAGAGACGAAUUAGAAGAGAGGCGGUCAGGCGAGGAAACUUUUCAUAUCUGUGCGCGUGUGUUUGUGCGGCAGUGUCAUUCUCAGACGCAAGGCCAUCGACCAGAUGAUAAUAUCCAAGAUCAAGAUGCAACCGGAACUGGCUUCAAAUUUGUUUAGAGAAAACAACAAGCAUUCGAAAGUGAACAGAAACGCAAGAGAGAGAGAUAGUGGCGCGGAACGUUGGCCAAUUUGCCUCGGUUUUUGUGUUUCAAAUGAACUCAAAGCAAACCAACACUAGCCAACCAGCCAACCAGAGAGUCUUGCGAAGCUUUGGACGAAGCUUUCAGUACUCUCUGUCCAUCGGUGCUUCUACAGCAAACCACACAUACGGGAGGCUUUUGGCACAUUAGUUUGUUUCUCGAAGGUUUAGCAAAAGUGAUAAAAUGAAAUACUUGGCAUUCAAACCACUACACAUUGGUACGUAGAGUGUAGUACUGGUGGUAAAACCCUGGAACCAUGAUGGGGUCCCCAAAAUUAUACUUGGCUUCCGUUCCGUGUGAUUUUUCUCGUUGUCUGGUUUCCGUUAACCAAAUUGCAUUCCCAAAUAAAAGCGAUUUCCGAAGCAGGGAUCAGUAACAACAAAGGGGCCGAUGUGUGUUAGCGCAUAACAGUAUGCAGUGUAAGAGUGCUUGAAUGUAGAAACAGGAUGAACGAAAUAAAGCGAUAGAGUCAUUGGUGCGUGGCUUAUUCCACCUGCCGUUACAGAAAUAACAAAAUAUCUAAACCGGAAUCGAAUCGAAUCGCGAACGCAAAGCAAUGGCCGCUCUCCCGCCGCCGCCGCCACAAGUGGGGAAUUGAUAUGGGGGAAUUUUGUAGAUGGAAAGGAUGGCAGAAAGGGGGAAUCGUUGGAAAAGGCGACAAGGGGCGAAUCACAAAUGUACAUUUCCUCCCACACGUGGAUCCUCCUAUUAUUAGUUCUUUUUCAUGCUAUUCAUUAAUGUAUUCUUUAACGGUUAAGCGUUUAGUUUAGUUUUUUUUGCCACGAAGAAGACCACCACCACCACAACCAACAAAAACAUCUUCUAUUAUGUUCGUUUUAAAACAUCAACAAAUGUGCAUCGAUCAGCAAUAUCGAUAUUCAGCAGCAGCGACCGUGGACGCGCUGCGCAUAUAAAAUGAAAAUACGAGAUAUAAAGGAAAUCGAUAAAAGAACAAGCGUUUUUGUUUUGUUUUGCCUGCGGAAGGAAGGAAUGAUUAAUGGAACGGAAUGAUGUAAUGGAGCGAUCCCAUCUUUUCCAUGAGCGAGAAUGUGAUGUAUGUAACAUAGUGAAAAAGAAAUGAUAAACGGUGAAUUCAAAGUGUUUGAAACAGAUGGUUUUAGAUGACACACCGCCCCGAGAGUGUCCUCCGACGACCCGCGGCAGCUACUGAAUACGCGAUUUCGGCCGGGGGUCGCAGAAACUUCCUGCGACUCCCGUAAAAGAUUCACUAGUUUCGUCUCCGGUUAGCUUCUGCUGAUAGCGGCGCUCUCGUGGGGCUGAUGAUACAAACUUAGUAAGCUGCGCACGACACUUGGUCGUUGGCGUCGUCUCACUACACUGCGACACUUGAAUACCGUGCGAUCCAUGAAGGCAAUAAUCAUAAAGUAGUAUACAUAAAAUAUGGUCGGAAGUUAGUAAUGAAGGUUUUUUUCACUUCAUUUUUUGUAACUUUGUUGUUACAUAAUAUUAAGUGUGCGUCGCAGGAAGAAUGUGGACGUAUCGCAUCGAUUGACAAGAGCACAAUGUUUUGGUGCGCAUUAGUAAACCCUUUGCGAGUGCGGAGCGUCCAGAGCGUCGAGACUGUGGAGGAAGGCCCAAACGAGCGUGCCGGAAUACGAAUUGGGGCUAAAGUAGGCGCAGCGUACGCAUGGAGUAAGCGGAAAAGUGUCCUCUGAUCCAUUCACAUUUCGCCAAAUCGGAAUAGUGGUUACUAUUAGGUGAGCGCCAAAAGAGCGUACAACUGUGCAGUGGCGUGUGUGUGUGUGUGUGUAUGUGUUUGUGUAUGUAUGAGGACAAAAGAGCAAGGUUUCGUUAUUUUUUAUGUGUUUAUCGGAAAAAGAAAACCGAGAAUGAAUUGAAUACGGAAGAGAUGGUUAAUAAAAACCGGAAAACUGGUGGAUUAAAGCAUAGUUCGUUAGAAGAAGCAAACAGGCGGUAGUAAAUAAUGUAAAACCGAAGUAAGGAAGUUAAAAAAAAGUGUGUUAAGACAAGCGCACUAAGCAGAAAUAGAAAACAUCAAACGGAAGACAUAAGCGAAGCGAAGAAACAAACACAAAAACUAAACCACAGCAAACAAACAAAAAAUGAUAAGUAAAUUUAGUACGAUGGCUUCAUAUGUGAUUAUAAACGAUAAAAAAGUAAAAAAUAAAAAAUA